GUAAUCAAUGGCUGAACUCGUGCUUUCUGCACUCCUCCCUGUGCUCUUUGAGAAGCUGGCCUCCGCAACUUUGAAAAGCAUUGCUCGCAACAAGGGAAUCGAUGCUAAGAUCAAGAAAUGGCAGAGAUCAUUAAUCCAAAUCCAAGGUGUGCUUACUUAUGCUUCUCACAAGGAGAUAACUAAUCAAUCUGUGAAAAGGUGGCUCAAUGAUCUACAACAUUUGGCUUAUGACAUAGAUGACGUGCUCGAUGAUUUGGCAACUGAAGCUAUGCAUCGUGAGUUCAUCCGCGAGUCAAAAGCCAUCACCAACAAGGUAAGAAAGCUAAUCCCAAAUUUCCUAGGGGGUAGCAAGCAUAACAAGUUCGAUAGUAUUACCACCAAAUUAAAAGAUCUAGUUGAGGAGAGAGAUGCUCUUGGUUUGAGAGUGGAAGAGGAAACUAGGCCAAAAAAUAUCAACAGAAGAUUUCAAACCUCUGUUGUCCUUGCAUCUAGUAUUAUUGGACGGCAAGCGGAGAAAGAUGCACUGGUUCUUAAGUUGUUGGCAGUUGAACCAUGUGAUUCAAACUUUAGCAUUGUUCCCAUAGUUGGUAUGGGCGGGGUAGGUAAAACUACUCUAGCUAAACUUUUGUAUGACGAAAAGCAAGUCAAGGAUCAUUUCGAACUCAAGGCAUGGGUUUGUGUUACGGAUGACUUUGAUAGCUUUGCUAUAAGCAAAGUUAUCUUUCAAUCUGUGGCAGGGGUACACAAGGAAUUUGGAGAUUUAAAUCUACUUCAAGUAGAUCUUAGAGAUCACUUAAGAGAGAAAAGAUUUCUAUUGGUACUAGAUGAUGUAUGGAGUGAAAGUUAUGAGGACUGGGAAACGUUCGUAGGACCGUUUCAUGCAUGUGCUCCCGGAAGUAAAAUCAUCAUGACAACACGGAAGGAGCGAUUGCUUAAAAAGUUGGGUUGCGAAAAUCUAAACCGGCUACAGUGCCUGCAACAGGACGAGGCUUUGACUUUAGUUGCUCAACAUGCAUUAGGUGUAAGUAACUUUGAUUCACAUUUGUCACUCAAACCACAUGGUAAAGGUAUUGUCAAAAAAUGUGACGGCUUGCCCUUGGCUUUGAUAGCACUUGGGAGAUUACUAAGGACAAAAAAGAAUGAAGAAGAGUACUGGAAAGAAGUGUUAUAUAGUGAGAUAUGGAGCUUGCAAGAUGGAGGUGGAAUUGUCCCUGCUCUUCGACUAAGUUACCAUGAUCUUUCUGCACGUUUGAAGCACUUAUUUGCAUAUUGCUCCUUGUUCCCAAAGGGUUUCAUGUUUGACAAGAAUGAAUUGGUUGUAUUAUGGAUGGCAGAAGGGUUCCUAAACGAGACAGCUUCAAACAAUAAAAUAGAAAGUUCGGGCCAUGAAUAUUUUGACGAGUUGCUGUCAAGAUCACUUUUUCAGCAUGCACCAGAAAACAAAUCAUUGUUUGCGAUGCAUGACUUGAUGAAUGACUUGGCGACAUCCGUUGCAGGUGAGUUUUUCUUAAGGUAUGACAAUGAAACAGGGAAGCACAUCAAAGAGAAGCCGCUGGAAAAUUAUCGUCACAUGUCAUUUGUUCAUGAGGAAUAUGUAACUUAUAAGACGUUUGAGACAUUUAAAAGAGCUAAAAGUUCAGGAACAUUCUUGGCGUUGCAAAAAAGUCGCCAACAUUCAUUCUUGUCGAACAAGAGUCUGAUUGGCUUACUUCCUGAGUUACCAUUAACUAAGUUGCCAAAGAGCUUUUUAAAGCUUAAAAACCUAUGCCAUCUUGACAUCAGGGACACUCACCUUAUGGAUCACACUCUGUCAGGGAUUGGUGAGUUUAAAAGCCUACAAACUCUCUCCAAGAUCAUUAUUGGAGGUAAAAGUGGCUUUCAAAUAACAGAACUGAAAGAGUUAAAAGAUCUAUGUGGGAAAAUAUUCAUUGCGGGUUUGAACAAAGUGCAAAAUGCAAUUCAUGCACGGGAGGCGAACUUUUCAGAGAAGAGGAGUGAGUUAGAGGUUGAAUGGAGCGAUUUGUUGGAUUGCUCUCAAGACCAAAUGCUUGAAAAAGAGAUCUUGAAUGAGCUAAAGCCUCAUAGUGAUUAUUUAGAACAACUCAAAAUUGGGUCAUACGGGGGAUUAGAGUUUCCAAUUUGGCUGUAA